UAGCACUAGAUAUUAUAGAUAGAUGUCUAUAUAUAAGGGGGGCGGGGAUACAUCCACAGAGACUCAGGCAGCAGUGCUCUGCUUAUAUCGCUAGCUAGUCGUAGCAGUAUGGCAUUCACCGAUGAUGAGAAGCCUGCUUCUACUACCAAUACUGGAAGAACCAAGGGUCUGGUGACGAUCAAGCCGGUGAAAUACUUCAAGGAGGAUGCAGCGCUGACGGCGGACACGGUGACGGCGGAGGUGGAGAUCAACGCCACCUCCUCCACCGCCGUCAGGGAGGGGCUGGACCUAGUGGCCGUGCUCGACGUGGGCGGCGGCAUGGCUGGGGAGAGGAUUGACAGCAUGAAGAAGGCCAUGGCGUUCGUGAUCAUGAAGCUCACCCCCGUUGACCGCCUCUCCAUCGUCACCUUCUCCGACGGCGCCACCAGGCUCAGCCCGCUGCGCUCCAUGACACCAGCUGCCCAGAACGACCUCAAGGCUCUCAUCGAUGGCCUCCGGGCCAGCGGUGGAACCAACAUCAAUAUCCAGGCAGGCCUCGAUACCGGGCUGGAUGUGAUCGCUGGCCGCGUCAACACCACUGCCCGUACUGCCAGCAUCUUCCUCAUGUCCGAUGGGCAUCCGACCUCCGGCGAUGCCAGGCAGGUCGUCGUCCCGGCCCAGGUGGCCAUCUACACGUUCGGUUUCGGCAGUGGUACGGACCACCAGCUGAUGAGCGACAUCGCCAGGAAAUCACCGGGCGGGACCUUCAGCAACCUGCCCGAUGGGUCCAUGGUGAGCCUGGCCUUAUCCCAGCUGCUUGGUGGCCUCCUCACCGUGGUGGCGCAGGACGUGGCGCUCACAAUUACGCCCAAGACGGAGGAGGGCGACGUGGACACUGUACAGGUGUUCCCCGGCACCGACUACACUCAGGACACCGAUGCCGACACCGGUGUGAUCACCAUCAAGUUCGCCACCCUCUUCGCCGGAGAAGGGCGCAGGGUCGUCAUCACCCUCGCGCUCAAGGACGUGACCGCCACGUCCAGCGAGGAGUAUGACGCGCCCUUAGCUGAGGCCCAGCACAGCUUCACCGCCCAGGCGAGACCGCGAGACCCCCAGGCCCCGCAGGACAUCCAGAUCAAGCGCACCCCGUCCCCAUCUCAGGCGCCUGGUGCCAGCGUCAAGGCGCGGCAGGUGCAGGCCGAGAUCACCCGGCGGCAGCACGCCGACGCCAUACGGCAGGCGAGGUUGCUCGCGGACGCCGGCGGGCUCGACGAGGCGCGGUACAAGCUGGAGGACGCGCAUAACGCGCUGGAUGACAUCGUGCUGGACGACGGCGAGAAGCUGGCGGCCGCGCUCCGCACCGAGCUGCUGCGGCUCAUCGCGCUCCUGGACACGCCGGAGCUCUACAGGGCGCAGGGCCAGCCCUACGCCCUCGCCUCCGAGACAUCUCACGGCCGCCAGCGCUACGCCGCCAGGGACGGCGACGUCGACGGCGGCGUGCGCCUCUUCGCCACGCCGCGCAUGGACACCUACCUCGAGCACGCCAAGAAUUUUGAGAAGGACCCCAACGCGCCGGUGCCGUCCGCCGACGAGGAUGCGAAGAAAGAGAUAAUUGCCAACCCGCUUAGCGCCAUCUCCACCGAGCUCGCCUACUACCUCCGUAAAGCUAUCGAGGCGCUGCAGGCCAUUGAGACGAUCGUCGCGCCAAGCACCUAGCUACCUCUUCUUUUUUUUCCCCUCUUCAUUCAAUCACGCGUGCAUGCUGAGCUCGUUUCCUUUCAUCGUCGUCGCGUAAUUUGUUUGCCAAAUAUAAUGUUCGUUUCCAAGUCAGAGUGCGUAUUUGUUUCCAAGUGGGAAAUUAUAAUGGGAAAUCACCUAGCGAGGUUUUUUUUUUU